CCAGGCUCGUUUCCAUCCUGCAGGUGAUCACUCGCGAUGGCUGAAGCUCACCAAGCGGUGGCCUUCCAGUUCACCGUCACCCCUGAUGGCAUCGACCUCCGGCUGAGCCACGAGGCCCUGAAGCAGAUAUACCUCUCGGGGCUGCACUCAUGGAAGAAGAAGUUCAUCCGAUUCAAGAAUGGGAUCAUCACCGGCGUGUACCCGGCCAGCCCCUCCAGCUGGCUUAUCGUCGUGGUGGGCGUGAUGUCGACCAUGUACGCCAAGAUCGACCCUUCUCUGGGCAUCAUCGCCAGGAUCAACCGGACCCUGGACACGACGGACUACAUGUCCAGCCAGACGAAGAACGUGGUCAGCGGUGUCCUCUUCGGCACGGGCCUGUGGGUGGCGCUGAUCUUCACCAUGCGCUACUCCCUGAAGGUGCUGCUCUCCUACCACGGCUGGAUGUUCGCCCAGCACGGCAACAUGAGCCGAGCCACCAAGAUCUGGAUGGGGGCAGUUCCACUCUGGCUCGGUGGGUCCCCUGAGAUAACGGUGCGCGUCUGCUCACUUGGCGUUUUCUCCCCCGUCACCCAGUACCUGGAGUCGGUGAGGCCUCUCAUGAAGGAGGGGGACUUCGCACGCAUGACGGAGCUGGCCCAGGACUUCGCUGUCAACCUCGGGCCCAAGCUGCAGUGGUACCUGAAGCUCAAGUCCUGGUGGGCCACAAAUCAGGUGAGCGACUGGUGGGAGGAGUACAUCUACCUGCGAGGACGUGGACCGCUGAUGGUCAACAGCAACUACUACGCCAUGGACUUGCUGUACAUCGUGCCCACGCAGAUCCAGGCGGCCAGAGCGGGCAACGCCAUCCACGCCAUCCUGCUGUACCGACGCAAGCUUGACCGGGAGGAGCUCAAACCUGGACUGUCCGUAUGCCCAGCAGAAGGAAACACGCUGCCCCAGUCCCGGGCCGCCUUCACUGCGGCCUGCCUGGAGGAGGGUGCUGUGGUGUCCCUGGCCUGUAGCCACCCCUCGCCUGCGGCUCCAGCCUCGCCACUUGUCAGGACCCGAGUGAUGGUGUCUCCCUGUCCCCGCAGAGUGCCUUGGGCCAAGUGCCGCCAAGCAUACUUCGCCCGCGGGAAGAACAAGCAGUCCCUGGACGCCGUGGAGAAGGCGGCGUUCUUCGUGACGUUGGACGACACAGAGCAGGGCUACGCGCGGGACGACCCCGUCACGUCGAUGGACAGCUACGCCAAGUCCCUGCUGCAUGGCAAGUGCUUCGACAGGUGGUUUGACAAGUCAAUCACGUUUAUCGUCUACAAAAACGGCAAAAUGGGCAUGAACGCGGAGCACUCGUGGGCAGACGCCCCCAUCGUGGGCCACCUGUGGGAGUACGUCAUGGCCACCGACAGCUUCCAGCUGGGCUACGCGGAGGAUGGUCACUGUAAGGGGGCCACCAACCCCAGCAUCCCGCACCCCACCAGGCUGCAGUGGGAGAUCCCGGAGGAGUGCCAGGAGGUAAUUGAGGCGUCUCUGAGCAGCGCGGACCUGCUGGCCAACGACGUUGAUUUCCACUCCUUCCCCUUUGACGCCUUCGGCAAGGGCAUGAUCAAGAAGUGCCGCACAAGCCCAGAUGCCUUCGUCCAGCUGGCCCUGCAGCUGGCCCACUACAAGGACAUGGGCAAGUUCUGCCUGACCUACGAAGCCUCCAUGACCCGGCUGUUCCGCGAGGGCCGGACUGAGACCGUGCGUUCCUGCACCACCGAGUCCUGCAAUUUCGUGUUGGCCAUGAUGGACCCUCGGAAGACGGUGGAGCAGAGGGCAAAGCUCUUCAAGGUCGCCUCUGAGAAGCACCAGCUGCUGUACCGCAUGGCCAUGACGGGCGCCGGGAUCGACCGCCACCUCUUCUGCCUGUACGUGGUGUCCAAGUACCUGGCUGUGGACUCCCCCUUCCUCAAGGAGGUCUUAUCUGAGCCCUGGAGGCUGUCGACCAGCCAGACGCCGCCCCAGCUGGUGGAGCUGUUUGACCUGGACAGGAACCCCGAAUAUGUGUCCAGUGGAGGGGGCUUUGGGCCGGUGGCAGACGAUGGCUACGGGGUAUCCUACAUCCUUGUGGGGGAAAACCUCAUCAAUUUCCACGUCUCUUCCAAGUUCUCCUGCCCUGAGACCGACUCCCACCGCUUCGGGAACCACCUGAAACAAGCCAUGCUUGACAUCAUCAGCCUCAUCAGCUUCAGCCCCAACUCCACCAAGUAACCCCCUCCCACCCGAGCGCACCCCACAGCUGGUGCUUCUCACGGAAACCAAAUGCACAGUGGGUGUUAAUCCCGCGGGGAGUUCAGCCAGGGAAAUGGCUCUAAAACAGAGAGAAAAAGAAACUGACCUUGUCCUCCCAGCGAAGGGCUGGGCGCUUUCCUUUCUCUAGAACAGUCGCCUCUGCCAUGUGAACUGUAAACCCUGCUCCCUCCAAAGUUAGAUCUUCAUACCACUUCCGGGUCGCUCCCUGACCUUUCUGGUAACAGCUCCCCCACCCCCUACCCCCUAACUCCUAAAGCCCGGAUAGCCGCUUGUAUUGUAUUAAGGGAUAGGGAUGUCGCUGGGGCCUGGCCGGGGCCGCUCGGCUGCAUCUGUCAGACAUGGGCAUGUGUCACAUCUGCUCAGUGGUGACCGAGGACCCGGGGCCAGCGGGCGUCCAAGUCAACGGAGGUGUGGCUGAGGGGUUUUGCUGAGAGGACAAGGUGAUUCAAGUCGGAGCUGGGAACGGUCCCCACUGACACGCUCGAGGCCUGGCUGUUGUCACCGCGGCUCACGCACUCAUCCGAUUUGGGAGGCCGUGUCUGUUGCCCGGUGGCACCAGCAGGGAGCAAGUGGUCACCCUUCAGCUCCAGCCCCCCUGCCAGUCUUCAGAACCCAGUGCCUUAUACCCGGGCAGCGUGAGCAAGCACCCAUCACGUCGCCUGCAUGCCUGUCUUCCGGGUGCCCCCUCUCCCCAAGGUCGCCCCUGUCUGUCCGGUCCACAGAGCUGUUCCCCAAUGAGGGCCGCUGGCUCGAGUGAGAAUGCCUUCCUUGCGUAGCUAAGCAACAAACACCCAAGUGGCCCGAGCCAGCCCUGGGGAGCCAGGAACAACCCCUGCAGCAUCUUCCGUGUUGGGGGACUUCGCUCGAAAACCAGAGAGGACACGGGCCACGCUUGCUCCCACGGAUGAUGGAGAUGGCCUGGGAUGCACCCCUGGGGAAGGGGCAAGACCUGGCCAGCAGGGUCCCUGACCCGAGGGGGCAGCCAACACCCGGCCUGCCUCUGGUCCCUGGAGGACAGCCCUGCACCCAGCCCACCCCCCACCCGGUGGGUGCCUUCACCACAGUGCAUCGGCUUGACCAAAAAUCCCUGCCAUGCACCAGUCUGCAUCAGUAUUUGCUGUAAAGAUACAUUCCCCAGGGGUGUUCCUGCGGGGCCCAGUCCCGCCUGCCCACCCAGCCGUGCCCCACGUCGCGUAUUUAUUCUGCUGACCACUGUCGUCCCGGAGGAGGCCUGCACUCCAGGGCGACAACCCCAGGACCUCGUGACCAGACGGAGGAGGCGGAGCCCCUGCGAUCUUACGUUUGUAUAUUUUGUAAUGUAAAAAAAAAUUCCCCUGCAGCAGGCCAAAGAUGUCCUUCCCCGCUCCCACCCACACAUGCGCCCCUCCUCUGAAAAACCAGAUGACGUGAGAACCGGAGACAAGAGAAUUCCAGGUGCAAACCCCCGUGGGCGUCAAGGAGGCCUGGCCUCCCCUCUCCCGCCAUCCGCCACUGGCCUGUGGGUCAGGCGGGGGGGUUGAGUGUGUGCCUGGGCUCGCCUGUGUCUCAGGCGUCACUGUGGCUGCUCAGCGGGUUGACCAAUGCCACUGUCCAUUCCUUGGGAGGAGGAGUGUGUAUUCUGCGGGCUGAGCGGGCAGAUGGGGUAUUUUAUUCUGUGUGAUCCGAUUGGAGCUGUGGUCCGCCACUCGCCGCCCGCCUGUAAGAGUGGAACGCUGUUUGUGAUGGAAAUCUUAGAUGUGCACAGUGUGGAUUGUAGGUGAUCGUUAAUAAAAUUAAUCUCCACCUACAGCA